CCCAAGAUUCCCUACUGUGACAGCCGUAUAAGUCACAAUAGCUCAACGCUGUCACAGUGUAGCCUACUAUUCAUUUAAUUUCUUUUAUUUCUGUCUGAUUUUUCGCAUUUUCUCCCACUUGACUGCAGUUUUUUUUAAUGGCGUGUCCUGGCAAUCACACAGUGGAGUUGAACCCAGCCCUCCUCCCUCUAGACUGGCUUCUGGGUAGCUGGGAGUCAGAUGAACCUGGAGAGGGAUGUUUUACCUCCAUAAAACCUUUCCGCUACAUAGAGACACUGAACUUCAGCCACGUGGGACAACCAGUCAUCAACUUCACGUUCAAUGCCUUCCAUGCAGAGACCAAGAAGCCCCUGCACAGGGAGUGUGGCUUCAUUCGAAUGCAGCCGGGGGCCAACAGAGUAGCGUUCAUCAUCGCGCAGAACUCAGGUCUGGUGGAGAUUGAGGAGGGAGAGCUGACAGCACAGCAGCUGAACCUCCAGAGCCAGGCUCUGGCCAGAGUCUCUUUCGCCAGGGAGCCGCAUGUACAGAAGAUUUCUAGAGUGAUUCAGCUCCGGCCAGAUGGGAGGCUGGAGCAGACAGUUUCCAUGGCAACAGACAACCAGCCACUGAUGCAGCAUUUGCACAUCACCUACCGUCGGUCAUCUUGACCCAACGGGCUGUGAGGCUUCUUUGACAUAGAAAUACUUUGGUCAGGAAAGAUAAAUGUUGCUUUAAAAAGGGGCUUAACCAAUAAUCAUGGUUUAGUUAGAUAAUCAUAUAAACAGUUUGAGUAAUGGAGUACUAUUAAAACAUUACAUACAGUAAUAACUAGGCAUUGUUUAUGCACUACAGUGAGACAGAAAUAGAGUUAAUGUUACCGGUAAAUAAAAAAAUAAAAAAUAAAUGAAAAGGACAGUUUGGGGUUUUCUUGUGAACAAACAAAAGUUAUAUUUACAUUAAGUGAAGUCUCACAUUGCCAGACCUUCCUCCACACUGCAAUCUGGGAUGGAAGAGAAACGUGCUCUGGUUUAUUGGCGUUACUUUAAACCAAUCACAAUCGUUUUGGACGGCGCUAAGCGGCAAACGGAGCCACGGAGCCGCUGCAAAACAACCUCGGGAAGGAACUUGUUGCGGUGGAAUGUGUACGUUCUAAAGUAGUUUUAGUCGUGCAACAGAAAACUGUCUGCUGUCUGGAUUUACCCUGCAGAGAUCUGAGGAGCAGUUAACUGUAGUCCUCACAAAUCGACCGGAGUUAGGAAUAACAACGCAAAGAAAGCGAAAAUUAGAGACAUUCAGCCCAAAAUUAGGGACAUCCGGCAGAAUAUCCGGCGGCACAAUCCCGGUAAUGAAAAGUCUUUGAUAUAGAUUACAUUAAGCAUUUCUCACCCAAACUCAUUGUGUUUGUCUUGAGGUUUAACAAAGGGCAUUUCCUUCCUCGGAGAGCAAAGUAUUUUAAAUUAAACCAGAACUGAUUUAAUCAGCCAUUCAGUUUCACUGUACCGGCCGUGUGUACUUAGACUUGCAUGGCUUAAUCUAGUCUUCUUCUUCCCCGCCUUUGCUGCAUAUUGCUGCAAUUUCGACAUAUUACCACCAGCUGUAGAUCGGUGGAAUAGAGUAAAACCACUACUACAGGUCUAAAACUCCACAGUAAACCUUUUAAUCUAAAAAAGAUUUUGUGUUGCACUAAAUGACCUUUGUUAAGUAUGGGUGCUUGCGCUAUCUUAAUAUUUAUUGUCCAGAUAUUUAAUCUUGGAGAUGUAAAGAUUAUAAAGCACUGAAGAAUUAAUGUCAAUUACUCUGUCCUCUUAUCUUUAACUUAAAAGAUUGAAAGCUAAAGUAACUGCUGUUUUUCUGGAGUCAAUGAAGCAUGUUCACAGAGAGUUGUUUUAUGCUGGGUGUUCUUGUGAUUGGGGUAUGAUUUGGUUUUAUGUCUGUAGACCGGUUUAUUGGUAUAAAUGUAGAUGUUCCUUUACAGGCUGCAUGAAAAUAAAUU